AGGGUCAGGAUGGGGCUGCUGGGUAUAAAUUGGGCAUAAACUGGGCAUAAACUGGGCAUUCCCUGCUCGGGGGCAGCAGAGGGGCCACCAUGCCCAACAAGAAGAAAUACAACGUCAACGGCGAGUCGGGGAUGAAAGCCCAGAUCCAGUUUGCUGACCAGAAGCAGGAGUUCAACAAGCGGCCCAGCAAGAUCGGCCGGCGGUCGCUGUCGCGCUCCAUCUCGCAGUCCUCGACAGACAGCUACAGCUCAGCUGCAUCCUACACGGACAGCUCUGAUGAUGAGACCUCUCCCCGGGACAAGCAGCAGAAGAACUCCAAGGGCAGCAGCGAUUUCUGCGUCAAGAACAUCAAACAGGCCGAGUUCGGGCGGCGCGAGAUCGAGAUCGCCGAGCAGGGUGAGGGACCCCAAAUCCUCACCCCAAAUCCUCACCCCAAAUCCCCUUGGGGGGGGGGCAGGGGGAUGGGAUGUUGUCACUGAUUUCCCCUUGUUUUUGGGCUGCAGGUGCUGAUGGAGACGCUGGGAGCACUGGGGGCUCAGUGCCGCUGGGCCGCCUGCAACAUCUACUCCACCCUCAACGAGGUGGCUGCAGCCCUGGCCGAGAGUGGCUUCCCUGUGUUUGCCUGGAAGGGCGAAUCCGAGGACGAUUUCUGGUGGUGCAUCGACCGCUGCGUCAACGUCGAGGGCUGGCAGCCCAACAUGAUCCUGGAUGAUGGGGGAGAUCUCACCCACUGGAUCUACAAGAAAUAUCCCAACAUGUUCAAGAAAAUCAAGGGGAUCGUGGAGGAGAGUGUCACCGGGGUCCACAGGCUGUACCAGCUCUCCAAGGCAGGGAAGCUCUGCGUGCCGGCCAUGAACGUCAACGACUCCGUCACCAAACAGAAAUUCGACAACCUGUACUGCUGCAGGGAGUCCAUCCUGGAUGGCCUUAAGAGGACAACAGACAUGAUGUUUGGAGGGAAGCAGGUGGUGGUUUGUGGCUAUGGGGAGGUGGGCAAGGGCUGCUGUGCUGCUCUCAAGGCCAUGGGCUCCAUCGUCUACGUCACCGAGAUCGACCCCAUCUGCGCCCUGCAGGCCUGCAUGGAUGGAUUCAGGCUGGUGAAGCUCAACGAGGUCAUCAGACAGGUCGACAUCGUCAUCACCUGCACAGGGAACAAGAAUGUGGUGACCAGGGAACAUCUGGACAGGAUGAAGAACAGCUGCAUCGUCUGCAACAUGGGGCACUCCAACACCGAGAUCGACGUGGCCAGCCUGCGCACACCUGAGCUCACCUGGGAGCGGGUCAGGUCCCAGGUGGAUCACGUCAUCUGGCCGGACGGGAAGAGGAUCGUGCUGCUGGCAGAGGGCCGCCUGCUGAACCUGAGCUGCUCCACCGUGCCCACCUUCGUCCUGUCCAUCACGGCCACCACGCAGGCCCUGGCUCUCAUCGAGCUCUACAACGCCCCCGAGGGCCGCUACAAGCAGGACGUGUACCUGCUGCCCAAAAAAAUGGACGAGUACGUGGCCAGCCUGCACCUGCCCACCUUCGACGCGCACCUGACCGAGCUGACGGACGAGCAGGCCAAGUACCUGGGGCUCAACAAGAACGGGCCCUUCAAACCCAACUACUACAGGUACUGAGUUCCCGGGGACCCGCCAGGAGCAGCAGCGACACCCGAGUCUUUCUCCACUCCUGUACAGCGCCAGCUUCCCCCGCUAGAGCCGGCCUUGCUGCCGUAGUCCUCAGUGUGGUUUAGGUUAUUUAUUUAUUAAAUUAGAAAUACUGGUCGCGUGGCCUCUGCCACUGGUGUUCGUCCUGCCGCGGGACUGGGAGACGCUGGAUUUUUCUUUCCGUUCCUUUCGGUUUAUUUGUUGGUUUUUUUGUUUUUUUUUUUUCUUUGGGUUCGUUCUUUUUCGGGGCUGGGAGGACGGGAAGGUGAGGAGGAGGAGGAGGAGGAGGAGGAGGAAGCUGCUGGAAUCGAGCUGUGGAAUACUCAUUCCCUUAUCCCUGCUCACACCCACCCCACGCACAAGGGCGGGACCCGCUCUGGGAGUCGCUUUUGGUUUUCCUCCACCCGUUUUGACAAGAAAGCCAAAAUCCUCCAGGCUCUGCCAGCCGGCCUGGGCACUCCUGGCUGGAGGAGCCUGCGGAGGUGGCCAGGCUGUGGCCAGUGGGGAAACCUCGCCUUAGCCCUGCCCAGGGAGGGGCCGGCGCCGCCCCGCCCGUCCCGCUGCUGUCCGCCU